AUGUUCCACUACGGCACUUGGCGAAAGCCAUUUCCUUCGUUUACGGACUAUCAAGAAGCAUUUUCCUCUCCAUUACCACCCUCUAUGUUCCACUACGGCACUUGGCGAAAGCCAUUUCCUCCGUUUACGGACUAUCAAGAAGCAUUUUCCUCUCCAUUACCACCCUCUAUGCGAUUCGCUCCAGACCCAGCAAAUGAUGUAGAUAUAGACACACCUGAUCCAAAUCAUCUGCUGCAUUUUGAAGGUGAUUUUUUUGGAACAUACGCUGAGGAUGGGUUUGCAUGGCCAGGGUCAGAUGACGAGGGGGAUGUUGGUCAAGCACCUAUGGAUGAAGAUGACUCAGAUAAUGACAUCAACGAUCACGACGAAUGGGAGCCUCCUGCAGCACCAGCACCCUCAAGUCAUUCUGCGGAGCAUCAUGACACUAACAAUCAUGACGAAUGGGAACCUCCUGUAGUGCCAGCACCUGCGCACAAUGAUGCCUUACACCCACCUACUGCAGAUCAAGGCCAAGAUGCUUUUCAUAUGCCCAUCGACUCAGCCAUCAAGCAGCCAAGCAAUAUAACCUACCAUGUACAGCUUAAUGGCUCGAGUGCAGAUAAUAUUUAUGCCCCAUUCGCCUCAAAGUUUGAUUGGGAGAUGGCUCGAUGGGCAAAAUUACGAGGUUCAAGCUCAACUGCAUUCUCAGAACUUGUUUCUAUUGAAGGUAUUGGUCUUUCCUUCAAGAAUACACGGGAACUGAACAAGAUCAUCGACGAUGAACUUCCAGGCCGUCCGAAAUUCAAACACGAUCAGAUUGUCGUUGCUAAUGAAGCGUUUGAUGUCUACUAUCGCGAUAUCAUUGAAUGCAUCAAGGCUCUUUUCAGUGAUCCAAGUUUUGCUGACUUUCUGGUCUUUGCGCCUGAACACCAUUAUGCCGACGAAGAUGAGACAAUUCGUUUAUAUCAUGAGAUGCAUACUGGAAAAUGGUGGUGGAAUAGUCAGAAACACUUAGAUCACGAGCGCCCUGGUGCUACAAUAAUUCCCAUCAUCAUUUCAUCAGACAAGACUCAAGUUACGAUGUUUCACAACAAGACAGCAUACCCCGUCUACAUGACUAUUGGAAACAUCCCAAAGGAUAUUUGUCGGAAACCGUCACGCCAGGCACAUGUCCUCCUCGCAUACCUUCCAACUACUCACCUUGAACACGUUACCAACAAAGCUGCUCGCCGACCGAUGCUUGCCAAUUUAUAUCAUGCUUGUGUGGGACGUGUACUUGCACCACUCACAGCUGCUGGCAUCAAUGGCAUUAAUAUGCGAAGUGGUAAUGGAAUAAUGCGUCGAGGCCAUCCUUUGUUUGCAUGUUUUGCAGGAGACUACCCAGAGCAAGUUUUAGCUACCAGAGUCAAGACAACUCAAUGUCCAAAUUGCAAUGUUCCCUCCGACGAGCUUGGUGUAGCAACUGGUGUCGCAAAUUGGCAACCACGAGACCUUGGUGCAGUACUUGAUGCCCUCUGCGCUCUUGACCAAGGUGGAUUGGCCUUUGUGCGUGCAUGCGCAGAUGCUGGCAUUAAGCCUAUUGUCCACCCAUUCUGGGAGGGACUACCCUUUGUCAAUAUAUUCGAAUCCAUAACUCCUGAUAUUCUGCAUCAACUAUACCAAGGGCUCGUCAAGCAUCUCCUCGCUUGGCUUUCUGAUGCAUGUGGCAGUACGGAGAUUGAUGCACGAUGUCGACGCCUCCCCCCAAAUCACCAUAUUCGACUAUUUACGAAGGGCAUCACAACUCUUUCACAUGUAAGCGGUACAGAACAUAAUCAAAUUUGCCGUUUCUUGCUCGGCAUCAUCAUCGACAUCAGUCUACCUAAUAAUAUGUCUUCCGCUCGACUCCUCCGUGCCGUUUGUGGUCUGCUAGACUUUUUAUAUUUUGCUCAGUACCCAUGUCACAGCUCUGAGACGCUGGUUUUACUUGACGAGGCACUUAACCUUUUCCACGACAACAAGGACAUCUUUAUUGACCUUGGCAUUCAGAAUUCCUUCAACUUGCCAAAACUCCACUUCACAGCUCACUACGCUCACAUGAUUCGAAUGUAUGGCACUACGGACAACUACAAUACCAAAUACACUGAACACCUUCACAUCGACCUUGCGAAAGAUGCUUAUCGCUCUAUGAACCACAAGAAUGAGUUUGGUCAAAUGACGACUUGGCUUGAACGAAGGGAGAAAAUUUCACGUCACGAGAAAUACAUUCAGUGGAGACUCAUCGAAAACACCACAUGUCCGCAUCAUCAGCCCCGUCCCCCAGAAAUGACAUUUCGUCGUACUCAAACGAUGACAAAGCAUCCUACCAUCAAGGCGGUCACAUUGGACAAGGUCACAAACAAAUAUGGUGCCACGCACUUUAAUGAAUGUCUCGCACGUUAUGUUGCGAAAGCUGCCCUUCCUGUCGACACUACUGUUAUGGCCAGGCAGCUCGAAGAUCGAGCAGCUGAUAUACACAUCCCAUUUCAAAGACUACCGGUCUUUCACAAGGUGAAAUGGCUCUUGGAUAAUGUUCGUGGUGAUGGGGAUCCUCCGGUCACAGUCGAUAGUGUCCAUGCACGUCCUGGACGAUCAGGAAAAUUUACAUCCGACAGUGUUGCGCCACGAUUUGAUACCGUGUUCGUUAAUGAUGGCACAGGCGGGUCACUUGGCAUCAAAGGAUAUCGAAUUGCGCAAGUCCGUAUCAUAUUCUCGAUACCUCCCAAAGCCAUCCCCCAACUUUUCCCGUCCACAUUUCAGCCUCCGACACAUCUCGCAUACGUCGAAUGGUUCUCUGCCUUCCGUGUACCUGAUCGAGAUCACGGCCUGCACAAGGUCUCGUGUGUCGUUAAAAAUGGAGAACGAAUGGCCAGCAUCAUACCAAUCAGCAAUAUUCGUUGUAGUGCCCAUUUGAUUCCGCAUUUCGGCUCUGUAGCUCCUCGUGAAUGGACCUCUGCUAACUUUUGCAACACUGCACUAGUUGCCAAUGAUUAUCAUUAG